AGCAGUCUCUCAAGCAGCAGCAGAUGAGCAGCGAGGAGCGUGUGGUCUCCAGCCCGUCUCCUGUCGCGGUGACCCCCACGCCGCCCAAGAGGGAACACAGUGUCCUCUCCAUUCUCCGCGGCACCUCCUCCUCGUCCGUAAAGAGGGAGCCCAGCCGGCCGCUCCCCACCCGCCCGCGCUGCGCCGACAGCCCCGAGCAGCCCCUGUACCCCCGCGCCCUCUACCCGGCUCUCAGGCCCCACCCUCACAUCCACGAAGACUUCCUUGGCCACAAACCCGGCCAGCUUGGUUACCCCUUGACCCAUUCCCCUGGCAACCAGUCCUCAGCCACACCCAGCCCGUCGGCGAGGAGCAGCCCGGACAGCAGCCCCCAGGGGAGCCCCUCGGGCCCGGCUUCUUUCUACCCCGCUAGACUGGGUUUGUACCCCGGUUACUCCCCCCCACCUACCCCCCUCUCCUCAUCCUUCUACCCUCCAGGCGCCCCUUACUCACGCUACCUCCUUCCCCAUCACUACCCUCUCCCUGGCGGCGGCGUCCCCGCUGUAGGAGCAAUCUUUCCCAGGAUGUACCCCUUCUACAGCAGCCUCCUGCCCCCUCACGUGCCCCUCCUGCCCUCCGACACAGCCGGGAGGCGUUUCCUGAUGCCUGACCACGUCCACCCUGCCUCCAUCUCUGCCCAGAGAGAUUUCCUCCUCCCCCGGCCCACCAGUGCCUUCCAGGCGGCCACCUCUCUGAAGGACAAAGCAGCGCCUCACCACCCUUACCCGGGGCACCCUCACCCACACAGACCCGCCCACGUCCCCUCCAGCGGCUCCCCGAUGGCGGGCACAGCACCCCCCAACGAGCGGGUGCCCACCAAGCCUACCUCAGCCCUGCUGGGCAACGCCAGCGACCAUUGCUCCGACGAGGAGGCCAUCAACCUCAGCAAGGUGAAGCGCGGGCCGGGCUCAGCGGGCUACAAGGCGCUGCCAUACCCGCUGAAGAAACAGAACGGCAAAAUCAAGUACGAGUGCAACGUGUGCAGCAAGACCUUCGGCCAGCUGUCGAACCUGAAGGUUCAUCUUCGAGUCCACAGUGGAGAGAGACCCUUCAAAUGUCAGACCUGCAACAAAGGCUUCACGCAGCUGGCUCACCUGCAGAAACACUUCCUCGUCCACACUGGGGAGAAGCCACACGAAUGCCAGGUUUGUCACAAGCGCUUCAGCAGCACCAGCAACCUGAAGACUCACCUGCGCCUCCACUCGGGGGAGAAGCCCUACCACUGCAAACUCUGCCCAGCCAAGUUCACCCAGUUCGUCCACCUCAAGCUGCACAAGCGCCUGCACUCCCGCGAGCGCCCGCAGAAAUGCCCCCACUGCCACCGCCACUACAUCCACCUGUGCAGCCUGCGGCUCCACCUGAAGGGCUACUGCCCGGCCGUCUCCGGCCAGUCCGCCUCGGAGGAGCUGCAGCACGCCAACGAGGAGAUCGAGCGCUUCGACGUCAGCGAGCACGCCGAGCAGCUGGAGCAGCUGCAGGGAGGGGCGGAGGUGGAGGCCAUGCUGGAGAAGCAGGUCUUGGGGUUGCUGUGGAGUGAGCCGGACCUCAAGUCCUCCCACUUCCACCCACACCACAAGGGCGGCGCCGCCGACCUUCUGUCCGCGGGUUACGGUGCAUACCAGUCCCCGAAUGAGACGUCGGUCAUCAAGAUGCGGCACGGCGGCACCGUCCUGUCGCUUUCCGCCAACGUCACCGUAAAGCAGGAGUCAGAGGAUCACGCAUAAGUGACAAAGACUUACACGACUUGCAGGCGGACUGGGUUGCCAGUAGCAGCAGCUGUAAAUAGAUAAUUCUCUACCUGGUUGUCAUCAGGAGUGAUGUCAUGAUCACACCAGGUUUUCAACCUAUCAGGGACUCGCGAACUCAGGGCUCAAGAGACACUGUCCCGUGACUACUUGGCGGUUUAUUAUACUUAGAGACAAUCAUCUACCCAGGAUUUAACUUGGAUGUAAUUAAUAUAAUGCUGUUAUCAUUAUUGUUGCUGUAUUAUUUGGUCUCUAUUUUCAAAUGUCUUUGUUUAAUCAAUUAGUUGUUAUAUAACCUCCUUAAUUUAUUACACUUUUUAUUUGUUGUCUUCAAAAGCAAUAAGUGGAAGGGAUGGUUACACUGACGGGGUGAAAUCAAUGUAAAAGACUAUUUUUCUGUUGAUGUUAUUUUUGUUUUUUUCUCUGAUAAUCACUCUCUCUAUGCCUGUAUCCGUCCGUCCUGCGACCUCUGACCUAUAGAACCAGGGGUGUCCACUCUUCAGGGGUUUAUUUUCUAUUUAAAUUUAGAAACAAAAAUAGCAGGUUUAAAAAAAAAAAAAAAAAAA